AUGGAGACACCAGACCUUCCCAACAAACAUCAACAGCCGACCAAAGGAUCGCCCUAUCCUGUCGUAAAAGCUGAAGUGAAAGCUAACCGAUUUGAGUCUUGUGAAAUUACCGACGAGACAUCUGCACUUCUGCCUCAGUCUAAAACAGCAGACAGGACAGGUGUCUCGGUCAAGGUCCCGCUGAGAUUCUACCUUCUAGGACCAAUAGUGUUUAUCAUGGUCUUUUGCUUUGCUACGAACUCUUUGAUCAUCACACAAUAUGUUUACGACGUCAUUGAAGAAGAAAAAUUUCCAGGUAAACUAUUCAACAAAAGUGAUGAUGAAAACAUUUGUUAUGAAAACAAAAGUUCCCAGGAGUAUCAAGAUCAACAGGUGGUCCAACGCAGUACUUCAUCCUAUAUUAUUUACGUCUCGCUUAGCUCUGGAAUUCCAGCAAUAUUUUCUAACCUCAUCUUUGCAGCGAUGAGUGAUAGAUAUGGACGGAAAUUGUUUUUAUUUAUAAAUGUCGCUGGGAAUUUUAUCGCAACAGGAAUGCUUGCGGUUGGUGUAUACCUUAAAUGGAACAUAUAUGCCUUGCUUGCCUUCCAGUUUGUUGGUGGGUCCACUGGUGGCUGGAUUGCCGCUCUUUCAAUCGGAUUCGCGUCCGUGGCAGACAUCACUCUGGCAGGAAAGCCGAGAGCCUUUGGUAUAGUGCUGAUAGAGAUAGCAGUUGGUAUGGGCGCCCUAGUUGGAUCUGCUGUAUCUGGCUACCUCAUCGACGGCGUCGGUUAUUACACCGCCAUGGCGAUCAGCGCUUCUGUUGCGAGUAUUGCUGUUAUAUUUGCUCUCAUAUUUCCUGAAACUUUUAGAAAAGACAGAUCACGACGCCACAGUGUGAUACAGACAUUAAAAAAUAUUUUUCUGUUUUACACUAAAGAUACAUCUUCUGUUGGUAAACGGUGGAAAUUCUGGACGUGUUUAGUGGGGUUGUUCUUUAUUUUUCUCGCUAAUUUCGGAAAGAUUGGUAUUGAAACCUUGUAUCAACUGAACUCUCCAUUCUGUUGGUCGCAUGUAAAAGUGGGCUGGUACACAACUCUCCGGUUGGGACUGCCUCUUGUCGUUGGCAUGGCACUCAUCAAAACGUUCCAGGCAUGUAUGGAUGAACACGUGAUCGGUAUCCUGGGAACAAUGUCCUAUAUAUCUGGAUAUGUUCUAGAGGCGCUGGCGACAACCGAGCUCAUGAUGUUAAUAGUUGCUUUCAUCAGUUUUAUGGGUUCUUUACCCGUGCCAAUCAUCAGAGCAAUCAUGUCACAUAUGACACCUCCUGAACAACAAGGGUCCUUGUUUGCGGGAGUGGCAGCGGUUGAAACAGUCUGUGGUGUUGUCGGAAGCGUGACAGGCAACGCUGUCUACGCAGCAACGGUUGAUUGGUUCCGAGGCUUCACAUUCCUUCUAUUCGCAGGUUAUAAUGGGAUAGCCUCUGUUCUCAUCAUGAUAUUAUUUGUUGAUUCAAGAACGAAGAAGACAGAAAUAUAUACUUAA